CUUCCCCUAUUAGAACACUAGAACGCCGAUAGGUGCUCCCGAUCCUCCGCCUCGCUUCCCAAGGGACGUCCGUUCGCUUCAUCCAGUGCUCGAAUCGCGACGUCAGCGAGGGUUUAGAGUAAUCGAACCUCGGUGGGGGUUGCUCGGCUUAGAUGGCUCCUUAUAAGAAGCAGGUUGAGCGCGCUCUCCCUUCAUCAUCUAGACUGCCCCCCUUUGAGGAUUUCCCCUCGAUUACAACCCAAAAGUCCCAAUGGAGUCCUUUAUCAGGAGGUUGUCGACGAACGACCUGAAAACUAGCAGCAAUGGCUCGGCGAACGGUAGCGCUGCUAGCGGAAGCGCUCAGCCCAACGGGUCUGUCGCCGAUACUGGUGGCAACAAGUACACCAAGUAUGUCCGUGCCACUGAGCAGCAGCCGUCGCUCUUCAACGAGCAACGGCUCUUCGGCGGGUAUCAGCCGCCCAGCAGCGUUACGGCUGUCGCGGACAUGAUGCUGCACAAGGAGAGCCUCGAUGACCGGAAGUUGUUCCUCGAGCAUGGGCUCAAGUUCAUCUCGGGCACGCUCGAGGGAGAUAUGCAGAUGAAAGCUCAGAACACGGUCAUCAAGAAGCUGUACGACGACCUUCCGCACCCGCCUGCGACUGCUCUUGGUUGCGAGUACGCGUGGCGCCAACCGGAUGGCUCAAAUAACAAUAUGGACCUGCCCCACCUCGGUCAGGCGGGCAAGCCGUACGCGCGCAGUGUCCAGCAGUCGCAUCCCCUUCCUUCGCACCAGCUGCCUGACCCCGGCCUCAUCUUCGACACCCUGCUCAAGCGCGAGAAGUUCGUCGAGCACCCCGCCGGCCUCUCGUCCCUCAUGUUCGGCUUCGCGGCGCUGGUUAUCCACACGGUUUUCCGCACUAACCACGACGACGUGAACAUCAACGAGACGUCGUCGUACGUCGACCUGGCGCCGCUCUACGGCAACAACCAGGAGACGCAGGACAGGGUGCGCGAUAAGAGCCAGGGGCGCGGCUUGCUGCACAAGGAUGCGUUUGCGGAGGAUCGGUUGCUGCUCCUCCCACCUGCGACGUGCGCGAUCCUGGUGUGCUUUAGCAGGAACCACAACUUCAUCGCCGAGAGACUUCUCGAGAUCAACGAGAGGGGAUCCUGGCAGCAAGACCUUGACAAGCUGGACGAGGAGGGCAAGGCUAAGCAGGAUGAGGAGAUCUUCCAGAUCGCAAGACUCGUCAACUGUGGUUGGUUUGGCUCUGCUGUUUUCGCGGACUACGUUCACUGCAUUCUCGGCCUGGUUCGUCAGGGGAGUAGCUGGACGCUUGACCCCUUUAGCGAACUGCGCAAGGAGGACCACUCGCUCUUCGAGCGCGGCAAGGGCAAUGUCUGCUCCGUCGAGUUCAACUGCCUCUACCGCUGGCACGCGACGACUAGCGUCCACGAUGAGGCCUGGGUCGAGAAGGUUAUGACGAGCCAGUUCCCGGACAAGAAGAUAGAGGACAUCACGCCACGGGACUUCAAGGAAUGCGCCGUCAAGCUGAUGCAACACGCCGGCCCUGACCUUACGCACUGGACCUUCGGCAACAUGCAGCGCGGCGAGGAUGGAUCCUUCGACGAUGAGCAGCUCGCUGACAUCUUGCACAACGCGACGGAGCAGCCUGCUGGUGCUUUCAGGGCGCGGGGCACGCCGGGCGUUAUGCGUCUGCAUGAGAUCAUGGGCAUCGAGCAGAACAGGAAGUGGGGCGUCUGCUCUUUGAACGACUUCCGUCGGUUCUUGGGCCUGAAGGCGUUUGACACGUUCGAGGACUGGAACCCCGACCCUGAGAUCGCCAAUGCCGCCAGAGCCCUCUACGGCGACAUCGAGCGCCUCGAGCUCUACGUCGGUCUCCAAGCCGAAGACGCCAAGCCCGUCGUCGAGGGCGCCGGCCUCUGCCCCGGCUACACCAUCUCGCGCGCGAUCCUCAGCGACGCCGUCGCGCUCACGCGCGGCGACCGCUUCUUCACGCACGACUUCACGCCCUUCAACCUCACCGCCUGGGGCUUCGCGGACUGCCAGCGCGACGACAUGGCGCACGGGUUCGGUUCGGUGCUCGCUAGGCUCUUCCUGCGCACGCUGCCGGGGCAGUUCACGGAAGACAGCGUGUACGGGUUCUUCCCGCUGAUGACGCCGCAGGCGAUGGGCGUGGUGCUGAAGCGGCUGGGGAAGGAGGCGGAUUAUAGUCUGGCGCGCCCGGAGCCGGCGGCGACUGAAAAGGUGGUAACGACGCAUGAUGGGGUGCGCGCGGUGCUGACGAGCGAUGCGUAUGUGAGCCCGACGGGGACGCGUGCUCGCAAAGUGCGGGGCAAGGAUGGCAUGACGUUCCCGCUCGUCCUUACCGGCAGAGAGCAGCAGGCGCAGAUCUGCAAGGUCUUCCAAGCACCUGAGAUCGCUGCCGGCGUCGCCGACUACUUCAAGACCACGACGAGGCAUCUGCUGGACCUGCACGGCUGCCCGCUUCCUGGCACGCGCCACUAUGUCAUCGACGUCGUCCGCGACGUGCUUAAGCCCCUCCCGGCGCUUUGGGCUGCGAACGAACUGGCGGGCAUCCAGCUGAAGGAGACCAAGGAUGGCGAAGGCGUCUACACGGUCGAAGAGUUUUACAGUAUGCUGUCCGAGACUUACGAGUUCAUCUUCCUCGACAUCGAGGCUUCCCGCUACAAGACCGUCGAGUGCCGCGUCCGCAAGCACGUCGAGGAGCUCAUUGGGCACAUCACGAGCCACCUGAACAACACGUUCCCGCAGAAGGUCAUCAGCACUAUCAUGUCGAAGAUGCCGUGGGCGAAGGGGUCGAAGAAGUCCGAGCACGACGAGCUGGUGCGCCGCCUGCAGCUGCUCGCGCCGUCGUCGUCCGCGCUGGCAGAUACGAUCCUCGCCAUCAUCAUCUCCGUCGUCGACAUCUCGCUGGGCCUGACGAACGUCGUCAACGCGUACCUCGGCCCGCACAAAGUCACCGAGCCCGUCCCGCCGCACGUCGAUGCGUUCAUUAAGGCGGCGAAGCCCGAGCAGCUCGAGGGCUUCAUCUUGGAGGCCCUGCGACACGACCCGCCGACGCGGUGCAUGCAGCGCACCGCUGUAUCGGGCCACGUCGUCGAGAACAUCCGCGUCGAGGCCGGCGCGCGCCUGUUCCUCGACCUCGAGCAGGCGAACAAGGACGAGGCCGUGUUCUCGUCGCCGGAUGAGCACAGGAUCGGGAGACCCAAGGAGAAGCACUUGUUUGGCGAAGGGUCUAUCACGAUCCUCGGGCAGGAUAUGGUGCACAAGAUCUACGCUGAGGUCCUCACCGUGAUCUUCAGCCACCCCAACGUCCGCCGCACGGUCGGGCAGUCUGGCAUGUUGCAGAGGUUCAAGACCGUCGAGCGCAAGGCCCUGAACUACGCUUACCUCGACGCGAAGAUGAUGGUGUCGCCGUGGCCAUCCUCGAUGAUGAUUCAGUACGAUGUUUGAGCAUGAUUCUAUCCAGUGCGCGCAUGUAUCCUCAAUGUAUCUUCCGUCCGACUACAAUCAAUGAUGUAUUCUUGCUGUC